GUUAUGGUGUCUAAAAUCAAAAGGAGCGCUUCCCGUACGCUGUAAUAAUGAAAGGAAGCAGCAAGCUAGCAAGAAAAUGCAAAUGCACGUGGAACCCAAUGAUCCCUUCCGUCUCCCACCCUCCCUUAGGUCUAAUUUAAUCAUUCAUACCAGCGCACAGAUCCAACUCCUCCUCACCACUUUCUUCUUGGAUUACCCUUUCUUUAUCUCUCUCUUUCUCUUUCUCUCUCUCUCUCCUUAAAUUUUUUCAUGAAAACUUCUGUUUUGGCUUUCUUGAUCUCUUACUGCGCUUGAUAUCGAGUUCUUGCUUUCUUAAACUUCUGUGUGGCUGUCUGCGGGUGUGGGUUUGUCGCAUUGAGAGCUUCAAUGGCGGCCGAAAACGCAUUGAAAUCCAGGGAGGUCUCGACGAUGAUAAAGCAGGGCUUCAUCUCUGUCCCAACGCUGUCCUUUUCACCCUCAAGAACGGCUACAACGACGGCUACGGCAAACCUUUCUAGGGUUUACUCUCCCGCUUCCUCCCCCAACUCCAAAACCCUCUCUUCCCCUCCACCAUCCCCAUUCUCAUCGUCCACUUCCGCUCAGACCCUGACUCGGCCGCCUCACUCUCAGACCCUCUACGACAUGAUGUCCGAGGAGCAGCACCGGGAGUCCAAGCUCUCCGAGGAGAAGCGCCGCAAGCUCCAAGACCGCGUUUCUAAACUCCUCGACGAGGCCCCGUUUCGAGACGCCGCCGGCGACGUGAGGCUCUCCGUUGUUGGUAGGGACGGGUUUCGCGUCUCUAUGGACGUUCACAAGAGCGUGCUCGCUGAGAAGAGCCGGUUCUUUGCUGAGAAGCUGAGGCGGGACCGUGGGGUGGCCCACUCGGUGGAGAUCAGCGAUUGUGAUGACGUGGAGGUCUACGUCGAGGCUGUGGUGUUGAUGUACUGUGAGGACUUGAAGAGGAGGUUGAUGGGAGAGGAGGUGUCCAAGGUUUUGGGUUUGCUCAAGGUAUCUGCAGCUAUCAUGUUUGAUGCUGGGAUUGUAUCAUGCUUGGAGUAUUUGGAGACUGUACCAUGGUCUGAGGAUGAAGAGGAAAAAAUCAUAUCUCAUCUCAAUGAACUUCAGCUUCGUGACUGUGGUGCUGAAGUUCUGCUGAGAGUAUCAUCCGAACCAUCUACUUCUACAAGAUCUGAUGACGUCUUCUUGAGAUUGCUGACUGGUGUUCUACAAGCAAAAGAUGUAAAAGCUCGUCGAGAAAUGAAAUCUCUGAUUUCUCGUUUACUUAGAGAAGAUGCCACAAAUUUUAAUGACAGGCUUGAUGUCUCUAAGGAUGUACUUUAUCAUCUUUGCCAUAGAUGUCUCAGUUCUCUUAUCCUAUGCUUAUCUGAAGCUACUUGUGUGGAUGAGAAGCGAGAUCGAGGGGCUUUAAUGGGUGAAAUAGCUCGAGAGGCUGACAAUAUGCAGUGGAUUGUGGAUAUUCUAAUUGAAAAAAAAGUGGGAGAUGAAUUUGUGAAAUUAUGGGCAGAUCAGAAGGAGCUUGCAGUUCUCCAUUCAAAAAUCCCCACCAUUUAUAGGCAUGAAAUUAGCAGAAUCACUGCACAGCUUUGUAUUGCUAUUGGGAGAGGACAUAUCUUGGUGCCAAAAGAAACCCGUUUUUCUUUGCUGUCCACAUGGCUGGAACCGCUUUACGAAGACUUUGGAUGGAUGAGAAGGGCUUCUAGAUCAGUUGAUAAGAAGCUGGUUGAGGAUGGAUUGAGUCAAACAAUUCUUACUCUGCCAUUGCCGCAGCAACAGGCUAUCUUGCUUAAUUGGUUUGAUAGGUUUCUUAGCAAAGGAGAUGACUGCCCCAAUAUUCAGAGGGCAUUUGAGGUUUGGUGGAGAAGAGCCUUCAUCAGACAAUAUGUGGCUGAUCAGGAUUCUUCCCAGUUGCAAAUAACUGUUUGUGACUAUCAAAAUUGAAAGGUAUGUCGCCCAGGUCAAAAAGUCUAGGCCUUGUAUGUACAUAAGCAAUGACAACUUUUUUUUUUUUCUUUUUGCUGUCUGUCAAAUUUUGUUUUCCUGGUUUAAUCCAUUUUCUGGAUCUGUCUGUAAAAAAAGAAAAAGAAGAGUGGUUAAGCUCCAACAACUGCUGGGGAAUUCAGUAGAGAAACUACACAACUUUUCUCUGGCUAUUGGUAGAAAUUUACUGUCUUGCUCUUGAGAGAGAACAUAUAUUGUUGCUUAAAGAUGAGGAAGGACUGUAUAUCUAUUCAAA